AUGGCUAAUGUAAUUCGAGGAGGUAUAUGGCAAUGGCUAGAAGCUUGGCGGGAUACCUUUCCAAUCUUGUUUCAAUUAAAUCCGAUUUCGUUGGUGACAAAUAAACAAGAUGUUACACUAUGGAAAGACAGUAGUGGUAAUCUUAAGCCGCCCACUUCGAAGAUGGUAUGGGAAUCUGUUCGUAGCCGAGGGCAGGAGGUUGCUUGGUCUUUGGUGGUGUGGUCGAGUUUUAAUAUUCCGAAGCAUUCUUUUCAUAGCUGGCUGAUUUUUCGAAGAAAGUUAUGGACUCAAGACCGGAUAAGGAGUUGGAAUUGCAAAGUGACGGGAUCCAUGAACAUGAUGUGUUGUAUGUUAUGUAACAAGGGCAUGGACUCUCACGAACACUUAUUCUUUGAGUGUGAGUAUUCGCUGAUUAUUGUAUGGACUUCUAUUAAAUCUAAAUCGUCCAUGAAAGAGAUUCAAGGUAGCUGGGAGGAUAUAAUGGCAUGGAUGAUUCCAAGAUCAAAGUCGCGAUCAUUGAAUGCGGUGAUAGCUAAGCUCAUUGUCAAAGUUGCUGCAUAUUUCAUAUGGCAAGAGAGAAACGCUAGAUUUUUUAAUAAUCAACUAAGACCUCCUGAACAAAUCACAAACAUUAUUGAGAACAUUGUCAGAUUGAAGCUCCAAUCGUUCAAGUACAAAGACACGACUCAUGUUAGAAGAAUCAUGGAGGAGUGGAAGUUGGAUACAAGGAAUACCUUCAAAGAGAAUUGA